UUAAAAUUGAAUGGCAAGUGAAAGAAUUCAUAAGUAUGAGGAAUCAAAAGGUGCAAUAUAAUAAAUUGAUUAAGUAGAUUUUAUUUAGAAAUGCAAACAAAAGAAUUGUUUUUCGAAUAGUUAUGGGAGUCCAUUUUGUUUAGUUAAAAAAUUUAAUGAUCAUAAUAUUUUGAAGGAGAGUUAUAAUAAGAUGAAUGUACGUGGAGAUGAUAAAUGUAGUUUAAAUGAUCGUCUUUAGAAAUAUAGAUCUUAAGCUUAGAUGACAUUAGAUAAAUUGGAGACUGGUGAAUGAUAUAUAAUUAAUUUUAGGUAGAUUACAAAUAUUAGAAGCAAUUAUUAAUACGAUAGAUGUAAUAGAAAUGUUAAGAAGAGGAAGAGUAAAUGUAGAAUAGAAUUUAAGUGCGAAUGAAGAAAGCUUAACAAUAGUGAUU